GGCAAAGGGAAAAAUAGGAGAGAAGAAAUAGAAUAACUCGUUAAUAUUGCUUGCUCUUCCCCAUGCCCUGCCGCUGUGUACAUGCACCGCUUGCAUGUACGAGCGUUCCAUGUACAUACGAAUUCGAGGUUUGCUUGGAGCAGCCUGGAUCAUAUGUACAUUGCCACCAAGGGCGGCGGCAGCGGCAGCGGCAGCAACAGCGGCAGUAGCAACAUUGGCAGUGACUUGGUGUAACUCUCGCCUUGCAAAUGGUGAAAUUUUUGUAUGUUUGGGGUCAAGCCGACAUGACCUACGCAAGAUGGGAUCCUCAGCUCUGCGAUGGAUCCAUACGAUAGUCUGGUCUGGACAACACUCAAAGCAUCGGUGUUUCGAGAAGCUUCAACACGAUCAACAGUUGUUCAACGACGACUUACAUGACGAUACCUCAGUUUAAAGAUAUCCAUCACGAGAUUUUCGUAUUACAAUACGUUAUCAGUGUUAUUUUCUGCUGCUAGUAUGUCACUUACAGAGACGAGGUCGGACCCGCGUCUCCCCUCCCUGUGGCUCUGGGGUUACCAAGGGAGAAACAGU